AUGCAUGGCAGCAGGUUUGCUUAUGCUCUGGCCAAUGGAACAGUGGGUGUAUAUGACCGCACUGCCCACUACUGGAGAAUCAAGGUCCUGCAUGUUUGAAUGGGUGGAAUAUUAGUUUUCCUUCUUAAUGCAUCCCUGUCACUUUACACAAAACAUAUUGAAUUUGCACCAGCUUUAUGUUUAAAGAUGUGCCAAUAACGGUCCCUCUUUCCCUCUGCAGUCUAAAAACCAUGCAAUGAGCAUCCUUGUAUUUGACCUUAAUGCUGACGGUGUUGUAGGACUCAUCAAGGGCUGGUCCAAUGGAAAGGUAAACCACCUUGAUGUGUCAGUCGAUAAUCGAUUUAGAGCAAUCAAGAAGACCUAUUUGUUCAAAUGAGUACAGAACCAAUCAAGGAGAGUCUUCAAAGUCCUCUAAUCCUUCACAUUGUCUGGGACUGGUUGACACUUGGCACCAGCCUUUCCUCCAAGUGUUAUGAAUGUUGUAAGGCCCCUUGACUUCACCUUAAUUUACAGAUUGAUGCACGGCGCGAUCUAACAGGUGAAGCUAUCUUCAAAGACAGCUUCUCGUCUGCUGGAGUGGUGGAGGGGGACAAUCGCAUGGAUGGACAGAUCCAGCUCAUCUGUACCUCUGUGGAGGGAGAAGGGAAAGACAUGAGUAACACUACUAGUACUUCGUAUAGGCCUAGUUUAUUUGUGUGUAUUCUCUCAGAAUUUGCACCAUAUGUCGACUUGGUGCUGUCUUUGACAUCCAAUGUGUUGCAUUCUUGUUGUCAGUGUGUGGCUACCUGCCUGCCAGUAAGGAGAUGAAGGGGAACCUGAUGGACUCCGGUGUGGAGCAGGAUCUGAUCCGAGAGCUGAGCCAGCGCAGGCAGAACCUGCUACUAGAACUACACAACUAUGAGGAGAAUGCCAAGGUUUCUAAGAACUAUGGCUGACCCCAUUUAGUCCACUGGUCGAUUGUUUGGUCGAUAGGCUGUUGGUCGACCGAGAUUUUGUUAGUCAAGCAGUGGCAAAUAUAAAUAAAAAAAUGUUUCUGGCACAUGAGACACUUGUCUGAUUCACGCCUUUCUGAGCAGACUAAAUCAUUGUGGAGGCCGCAGGGUUGGCACUCCAGUAUCAUCAAUAGUACAUUUAGCCUACCGUUAAUUCCCAUCAUUUCUAAUCUACAAUGUUUGUUUGGUUACGGUAAUCAUUUACAUUUUAGUCAUUUAGCAGACGCUCUUAUCUAGAGCGACUUACAGUUAGUGAGUGCAUAGAUUUUCAUACUGCCCCCCCCCGUGGGAAACGAACCCACAACCCUGGCGUUGCAAGUGCCAUGCUCUACCAACUGAGCUACAGGGGACUGUCUGUUAAUGCAUUCAAUAUAUUAUUAUUACAGUCUUACCGUUGUCAUUGUAGGAGUGGACAUGUUGUGUGCGGAGUGCACUACGUAGGCUAUACUUGUGAGAAAAAAGUUUCCAAAAAAAAAAGUUUCCAGUUUAAUUCCAUUUAUGAGUUGUCAAUUUAUUAAUUGUCUUUUGUUUGGAGUGCUCCUGUCAAUCUUGAGUAAGGACACACACCUGAUUACACAUACAGUGAGGGGAAAAAAGUAUUUGAUCCCCUGCUGAUUUUGAACGUUUGCCCACUGACAAAGAAAUGAUCAGUCUAUAAUUUUAAUGGUAGGUUUAUUUGAACAGUGAGAGACAGAAUAACAACAACAAAAUCCAGAAAAACGCAUGUCAAAAAUGUUAUAAAUUGAUUUGCAUUUUAAUGAGGGAAAUGAGUAUUUGACCCCCUCUCAAUCAGAAAGAUUUCUGGCUCCCAGGUGUCUUUUAUACAGGUAACGAGCUGAGAUUAGGAGCACACUCUUAAAGGGAGUGCUCCUAAUCUCAGCUUGUUACCUGUAUAAAAGACACCUGUCCACAGAAGCAAUCAAUCAAUCAGAUUCCAAACUCUCCACCAUGGCCAAGACCAAAGAGCUCUCCAAGGAUGUCAGGGACAAGAUUGUAGACCUACAUAAGGCUGGAAUGGGCUACAAGACCAUCGCCAAGCAGCUUGGUGAGAAGGUGACAACAGUUGGUGCGAUUAUUCGCAAAUGGAAGAAACACAAAAGAACUGUCAAUCUUCCUCGGCCUGGGGCUCCAUGCAAGAUCUCACCUCGUGGAGAUGCAAUGAUCAUGAGAACGGUGAGGAAUCAACCCAGAACUACAUGGAAGGAUCUUGUCAAUGAUCUCAAGGCAGCUGGGACCAUAGUCACCAAGAAAACAAUUGGUAACACACUACGCCAUGAAGGACUGAAAUCCUGCAGCGCCCGCAAGGUCCCCCUGCUCAAGAAAGCACAUAUACAGGCCCGUCUGAAGUUUGCCAAUGAACAUCUGAAUGAUUCAGAGGAGAACUGGGUGAAAGUGUUGUGGUCAGAUGAGACCAAAAUCAAGCUCUUUGGCAUCAAAUCAACUCGCCGUGUUUGGAGGAGGAGGAAUGCUGCCUAUGACCCCAAGAUCACCAUCCCCACCGUCAAACAUGGAGGUGGAAACAUUAUGCUUUGGGGGUGUUUUUCUGCUAUGGGGACAGGACAACUUCACUGCAUCAAAGGGACGAUGGACAGGGCCAUGUACCGUCAAAUCUUGGGUGAGAACCUCCUUCCCUCAGCCAGGGCAUUGAAAAUGGGUCAUGGAUGGGUAUUCCAGCAUGACAAUGACCCAAAACACACGGCCAAGGCAACAAAGGAGUGGCUCAAGAAGAAGCAUAUUAAGGUCCUGGAGUGGCCUAGCCAGUCUCCAGACCUUAAUCCCAUAGAAAAUCUGUGGAGGGAGCUGAAGGUUUGAGUUGCCAAACGUCAGCCUUGAAACCUUAAUGACUUGGAGAAGAUCUGCAAAGAGGAGUGGAACAAAAUCCCUCCUGAGAUGUGUGCAAACCUGGUGGCCAACUACAAGAAACGUCUGACCUCUGUGAUUGCCAACAGGGAAGUCAUGUUUUGCAGUGGGGUCAAAUACUUAUUUCCCUCAUUAAAAUGCAAAUCAAUUUAUAACAUUUUUGACAUGCGUUUUUCUGGAUUUUUUUGUUGUUAUUCUGUCUCUCACUGUUCAAAUAAACCUACCAUUAAAAUUAUAGACUGAUCAUGUCUUUGUCAGUGGGCAAAUGUACAAAAUCAGCAGGGGAUCAAAUACUUUUUUCCCUCACUGUAAGUCAUGUUUUGCAGAGGGGUCAAAUACUUAUUUCCCUCAUUAAAAUGCAAAUCAAUUUAUAACAUUUUUGACAUGCAUUUUUCUGGAUUUUUUUGUUGUUAUUCUGUCUCUCACUGUUCAAAUAAACCUACCAUUAAAAUGAUAGACUGAUCAUGUCUUUGUCAAUGGGCAAACGUACAAAAUCAGCAGGGGAUCAAAUACUUUUUUCCCUCACUGUAGUAGUAGGCCUAGGAUACCUGGCCUGCACGCAAAUGUAGGCCUAUAAAUAUGCCCAUUUAGGGAUCUGAUACAAUUUAUGAUUGUCUUAACUCACCAUCACUGUGGAGCUUCUCAAAGUAAUUUUUUCUUAGCCUCAAACAGCAAUUGAGAAGGACAAUUGUUCCUCAACAUAGCCUAUUAGAAAAAUCUUUCCAGCUCUCUCCCUUUCGAUAACCACUCAGCAUGAAAGGGGAAAAAAAUGUCAUGCUCUGAUCCGGUGGAAACGUCAUAAAAUAUGCCAACCUGAUUACUUUGUAUCCCUUGCGCAAAUAGCCUACAGCUGUGUCUGUCCGGAGCUUACUGGAGCAGGAAACUGAGGGCCCAGAAUAUUUUCUACAAUGUUGCAAGUUUGCUAGCUCAUGCUGGGCCAAGUUAAUAGUUGACACAAUGUGUCAAGUUCCUUGCAGACAGGCCAUGCGUAGCCAAUGUGGUUUUUAUCAGGAUAUUGUCUACCUGCGGGCUGCAAUGUUUUUAUUUGUUGGCUUUAAUGUUUUUAAUUGUUGGCUUUAUGUAGGCUACUUUUACAUAUUGGCAAUGGCAAUAGAAGUUACUUUUAGAUUUGUAUCAUUUUCAUUUAGAUAGAAUUUUGAUUAACCACAUGACAUUGAUUUUGAGAUAUGAAGACUUUAUUAUAAAUGAAAUGAAACUGUUCCACGAAAAUGUGCAUAUGAAAAUCAUAACUGGCAUACAGAUCAGUAGAAAUGGUACGAUAACUUGGCACUCCAAAUGGGAAAGGUUGCGGGAGGAGGAGGGUCGGGAACAGGUUUUUUUCUUCUGGUUAAGCGAUAUUGAUCUCUGGCUCCCUCUUUAGUCAUUUUAUGUCAUCAUUUUUAAUCGCAGUGCUUAAAGCAUCAGACAAGCUCAGUAGUCUAUAUAUAGUUGAUUUUAUUCAAACAUAGGGUGUCUAUAUAUGGAAAAAUUCACGCUUUAACAUUUAGACCAAUCAAUUGGUCGACCAAGAUUUUUUUUAGUCGGGGACAGCCCUACUAAGAACACACACUGACAAACACUUUCACAGAAUCAACUAUGAGGAUACAGCUACAACCAAACACACUUUUACAUUCAUAUAUACACACUGAAACUCUCUUUGAAGUAACUGAUAUUAGAAGAGAACGCUAAAGCCUACAUGUACAAUCAAACACCCACACCUCAGACAAACAUUCAAACUUACUCUGAGGAGAACACUAUGAUCCUCCCACACUAUGUACAAGCAAACACACGCAUAGGGUUUGUACCAUAGUGUAAAGGACUGUGUGUCUUGUGUCUCUGGUGACAGGCUGUCCCAGGGGCUUCAGAAGGGGAUACCCAGAUGGGGGUGAUACCAGCCAAUACCCAGCUCUAGACUGCCCUCUGUCAGAGUUGCCACAGAGUCCCAGAGGGCACACAUAGAGCUCAGCAUCUCCACGCCCAAUGGUAAACAACAUCACCCCACAGAGAUACCCUCCCUACGAACCACUAACACACUCAUGCACUGUCAUCAAAACCCAGUAAGCAGCUCACUUACACAGCCCUAAAACCACACAGAAACUCACCAUGCUGACCAAACCUCAGCCUGUCCCACAUUGAACCCAAUCACUCUCACCACUCACCAUCCUAUAAUUCUAGAAUGUGCAGCCUCAUGUGGCUUGCUGUGGUAACUAAGUGGGCUGAGUACUGACCUCUUGGAUUUCCCCCUACAGAGACCAUCAUUAGAGCCGUGCUGAUGUUCGCUGAGGGAAUUCUCGAGGGUGAAAGUCAGUUGGUACACCCCAGUGCCCAGAAUCGGUCUGGUUGUAUCCGUGUUCCCAUCAUUCCUCCCAAAGAUAUCCCUGUGGAUCUACACAUCAAAGCUUUUGUUGGCGGCAAGAGCAGGUACACAUAUUUUAAUUAUGAAAGAGACAUAGCUGAGUCCUCUGCAUAAAUGUUUUAAUGAAGUGAUUUGCCAGUGAAAUUCACACUUUAAAACAACCAAUCAUUUAUUUUGACUAUCAAUUACUAUCCAACUUUGUAACUUUAGCAGUACUUUAGCUCUGUCUAAUAACAACAAUAAAUAAUUUUGUAAUUUGAAUGUGCUUAUCCUUUCCUCCAGCAUUCAGUUCCACGUCUUUGAAAUCACGCAUCAGCUGCCUCGCUUCUCCAUGUAUGAUCUUAAUGUUGAUCCUGAGGUAUCUCAACCUACUGGGAAAGUCACCUUCACCAUCAACGACAGGCCACAGAGAGUAAGCACAUUCAUUCUUUGUAUCUCUCUCGUACUCUAACUUACACACACACUUUCAUGUGCUGUCACGUUCCUCUACAGACUCUUCCAAGCCCCUCUGGCAUUCUGCUCCAUAGUAAUGUUAACUGUUACUACAGAAUAUCUCUAUUCUCGUCUUUGGGUCAUCAUGUAGCUGAACCAGAACUUCCUUCUACCGGAGGGCAUUGAUACCCCAGAUGUGAUGUUCACCUCUCUGCGCGGUGGGGGACUACUCACAAUAAGCAUGCUAAGCACCAGUGGAGAGGUAUGUCUACAUGUGUUAACACGCAUCUUUGUGCACAGGAGAUCUGUAGUAUUUCAAAAUGGCCCUUCAGUGGUUCUUUGCUUUCCAAUCAGAUCACACUAAACACAGACGACAUAGACCUACAGGCAGAGGCAGACUUCCCCACGUACUGA